UUUCCUCUCUGCUUUGUAGUCUCAGGGCUGCCUCAGCAGGGCAGGAAGGGGGGGGUGGUGCCAGUAGGCGGGUCCUGCCGGGCUGAGCGAACCUUGGACAGCUCCAUCCCAGCCAGGUCCCUGCCUCCCCCGAGCCGCUCUCUUGUUGCCAUCGAUCUGCUCGCCCAGGGCAGGGGCCAGGGCCGGGGCCAUGGAGGCGAACCCACCAGUGCUGGCCACAGUGGGGGUGGGCGACCUGGUGCUGCUAGACCCCCUGAGCGAAGAGUCGCUGCUCAGCAACCUCCAGGAGCGCUUCCUGCACAAGGAGAUCUACACCUACAUUGGCAAUGUGGUGAUCUCAGUGAACCCGUACUGCCAGCUGCCCAUCUACUCCGCGGAGAUGGUGGAGCAAUACUGCAAUGGCAACUUCUACGCCAUGAAGCCACAUAUCUAUGCCAUUGCUGAAGACGCCUAUAGCUCUCUCCGGGACCGCAACCAGGACCAGUGCAUCCUCAUCACCGGCGAGAGCGGUGCUGGCAAGACUGAGGCCAGCAAGCUGGUGAUGUCCUAUGUGGCGGCCGUGUGCAGCAAAGGCGCCGAUGUGACCAAGGUGAAGGAGCAGCUGCUGCAGUCCAACCCUGUGCUGGAGGCUUUCGGGAAUGCCAAGACCAUCCGGAACAACAACUCCUCCCGCUUCGGCAAGUACAUGGAUGUGGAGUUCGACUUCAAGGGCGAGCCCCUGGGAGGCCUCAUAAGCAACUAUCUUCUGGAGAAGUCCCGUGUCGUGUGGCACGUCAAGAACGAGAGGAACUUCCACAUCUUCUACCAGCUCCUGGCUGGGGCGUCCGACCCACUGCUGAAGCGGCUGAAGCUGCAGCGCGACUGCCGGCACCAUGGCUACCUGGGUGACGAGGACCCACGCCUGCCGGGCAUAGACGAUGCCACCAACUUCCAGGCCGUGCAGGAUGCCAUGCGGAUCAUUGGCUUCUCAGAGGCGGAGGUGAUGCAGCUGCUGGAGGUGACGGCUGUGGUGCUCAAGCUGGGCGACCUGCAGCUCAGCGGCCAGUUCCAGGCCAGCGGCAUGGACGCCUGUGGCAUCCAGAACAUGCAAGUGCUGCAGGACAUCUGCGAGCUCAUCGGGCUCCAGGAGAGUAUCCUGGAGCAGGCUCUGUGCUCCCGCACCGUGGAGGCCAAGCAGGAGAAGGUGGUGACGGCCCUCAGCGUUGCCCAGGGCUACUUCGGGCGGGACGCGCUGGCCAAGAACAUCUACAGCCGCCUCUUCGACUGGCUGGUGACCCGCAUCAACGAGAGCAUCCAGGUGACUGUGGGCGAGCGGCGGAAGGUGAUGGGUGUCCUGGAUAUUUACGGCUUCGAGAUUUUCCAGGACAACAGCUUUGAGCAGUUCAUCAUCAAUUACUGCAAUGAGAAGCUGCAGCAGAUCUUCAUCCUCAUGACCCUGAAGGAGGAGCAGGAUGAAUACUUCCGGGAGGGCAUCGAGUGGACCCCGGUGACCUUCUUCGACAACAGCAUCAUCUGUGACCUGAUUGAGAGUGGCAAGGGGGGGAUCUUGGUGCUGCUGGAUGAGGAGUGCCUGCGCCCUGGCACCGUGAGCGCUGCCACCUUCCUGGCCAAGCUGGACCAGGCCUUUGGCAGCCACGAGCACUACGAGAGCCGGAAGAGCCAGAGUGACCGGCACAUCACGGACACCAGCCUGCCCAGCACCUGCUUCCGCGUGCACCACUACGCUGGCAAGGUGACCUACAAUGCCACGGGCUUCACUGAGAAGAACACGGACCGGCUGUACCGGGGGCUGGCGCAGGCCAUGUGGCAGGCCAAGCACACUUUGCUGCGCAGCCUCUUCCCCGACGGCGACCCCAAGAAGGCAUCACUUAAGAUGCCCCCCACAGCCGGCUUCCAGUUCAAGGCCUCCAUCAACACCCUCAUGAAGAACCUCUACUCCAAGAACCCCAACUACAUCAGGUGCAUCAAGCCCAAUGAGAGCCAGGCGCCGGGGCAGUUCACGGAUGAGCUGGUGCGGAGCCAGGUGCGGUACCUGGGGCUGCUGGAGAAUGUGCGGGUGCGGCGGGCCGGCUAUGCCUACCGCCAGCCCUACCAGCCCUGCCUGGAGCGCUACCGGCUGCUCAGCACCCACACCUGGCCCCGCUGGACCGGCACUGCCAGGGACGGGGUCCAGGCAUUGCUCUCCGACAUGGACAUCCCGCCUGAGGAGCUGGCCUAUGGACACACCAAGGUCUUCAUCCGCACGCCACGCACCCUCUUCGACCUGGAGGAGCGGCGCCGGCGCCGGGUGGAGGAGCUGGCCACGCUGAUCCAAAAGACCUACCGGGGCUGGCGGUGUCGUACCCAGUACCAGCUCAUGCGCAAGAGCCAGAUCCUCAUCUCAGCCUGGUUCCGGGGCCACGCGCAAAAGAAGAGGUACCAGCACAUGAAGAGGGCGGCACUGCUCAUCCAGGCCUAUGUCCGCGGCUGGAAGUCGCGCCGUCUCUUGCGGGAGCUGAAGCACCAGUAUUGUUGCCACCAGGCUGCGGCCAUCAUUUCUGCUUACUGGAGAGGGUACAAGACGCGGAAGGAAUACACAAAAUAUUUCCGCUCCGGGGCCACGACUCGUCUGGCAUACUUCAUUUACCGGCGGCUGCUGCAAAAGUUUUUCCUGGGGCUGAAGAACAACCUGCCCCCGCUGACUGUGAGCGACCGGAGCUGGCCACCAGCCCCCUACCGCUUCCUGACCAAUGCCAAUGAGGAGCUGAAGACCAUCUUCUACCACUGGAAGUGUAAGAAGUACCGGGACCAGCUGAGCCUGGAGAAGCGGGCGGCGCUGCAGACCAAGCUGUGUGCUAGCGAGCUCUUCAAGGGCAAGAAGGCACGGUACGGCCCCAGUGUCCCAGAGCCGUUCCAGGGUGACUACGUGGGGCUGCAGAAGAACCCCAAGUACCAGAAGCUGCAAGCCACGGCCCGGGGCAAGCUGGUGCUGGCUGACACCGUGAGGAAGGUGAACCAGGCCAACGGCAAGAUGACACCCCAGCUCCUGCUGCUCACCAAGGAGCACGUGAUCCUAGCAGACCCCAAGGCCGCCCAGCCCAAGGUCGUCAUCAGCCUGAGCGACAUCCAUGCCAUCUCCGUCACCCGCUUCUCCGACGGGCUGCUCGUGCUACACCUCAAGGAGCAGAUGGGCACGGGGGGGACCAAGGGCGAUGUCCUGCUGGUCAGCGACCACGUCAUCGAGGUCGUCACCCGUGUGCACCAGGUCCUGCUGGAGACCACAGGGCAGCCGCUCAACCUCCAGAUUGCCGACCAGUUCUCCAUGCAGUUCAAGAAGAGCAGCAUUGCAGUGACGGUGGUGCAGGGGCCGAAGGGGCGCCUGGGGCCUGUCUGCAAGAAGAAGGGCAAGAAGAUGGAGGUGCUGGUCUGCUGAGGGGCCGUGACCGUGGGCAUGAAGAACCCGGCCAUCACUUGAGCCUGGUCCCUGGUAUUGCGGUGAUUUAAUAUUAAAGCCUGGAGAGCCCCCAAAGGC